CUCUGCUCAUUCCCUCCCAGUCCGCUUCCUCCGUCCCUCUGUCCCUCCACCGUCCCUGCACCAUGGGGCCUGCCUCAGGCCCCAGCCCGCUGCUGCUGCUGCUGCUGCUUACCAUCCUGCCCCCGGCACCGGGGGACCCCAUGUUCUCCAUGAUCACCCCCAACAUCCUGCGGCUGGAGAAUGAGGAGACCGUGCUGCUGGAGGCCCAUGACUAUGGAGGCAACAUUGCAGUCGCGGUCAGCGUCUACGACUUUCCAGACAGGAAGCUAAGUUUGUCCAGAGGAAACACUGAUCUGACCAAGGAUAAUGACCACAUGAGCACAGUCAACAUCAAGAUCCCAGCCAACCGGGAAUUAACAUCAGGGAAGGGGAAAAAAUUCGUGACUGUCCAGGCGGACUUCGGGGGCACCGUGGUGGAGAAGGUGGUGCUGGUCAGCUUUCAGAGCGGGUACCUCUUCAUCCAGACGGACAAGCCCAUCUAUACCCCAGGCUCCACGGUCCUCUAUCGGAUCUUUACCGUGGACAACGACCUACUGCCCGUGGGCCGGACCAUUAUCGUCAGCAUCCAGACCCCCGACAAUAUUCUCAUCAAGAAGGACUCCCUAUCUUCUCAGAAACAGGUUGGCAUCUUGUCCCUGUCUUGGAACAUCCCGGAGCAGGUCAAUACAGGGCAGUGGAAGAUAGAAGCCCACUAUGAAGAUGCCCCACAGCAGGUAUUCUCUGCUGAGUUCGAGGUGAAGGAGUACGUGCUGCCCAGUUUUGAGGUCCAAGUGGAGCCUACAGAGAAAUUCUACUACAUUGAUGACCCACAGGGCCUGGAGGUCACCAUCACGGCCAGGUUCUUGUAUGGGAAGAAUGUGGAUGGAAUAGCCUUCGUCAUCUUUGGGGUCCAGGAUGGUGACCAGAGGAUUUCGCUGCCCCAGUCCCUCACCCGUGUUCAGAUCAAUGAUGGCAGUGGGGAGGCCAGGCUGGAACGAAAGGUCCUGCUGAGCGGGGUGGAACCCUCCAGAGCAGAUGCCCUGGUGGGGAAGUCGUUGUACGUGUCUGUCACCGUUAUCCUGCACUCAGGCAGCGACAUGGUGGAGGCGGAGCGCAGCGGGAUCCCCAUCGUGACCUCCCCCUACCAGAUCCACUUCACCAAGACGUCCAAGUUCUUCAAACCAGGCAUGCCCUUUGACCUCAUGGUGUUCGUGACGAACCCCGACGGCUCCCCGGCACGCAACGUCCCUGUGGAGACCCAGGACUCCAGUGCACGGUCCUUGACCCAGGUCGACGGCGUGGCCAAGCUGAUCAUCAACACACCCAACAAACCGGUGCCCCUGCCCAUCACCGUAACCACUAGGAAGGAUGGUAUCCUGGAGUCACGACAGGCCACAAGCAGUAUGCUCGCCCAACCCUACAAAAUCAUGGGCAGCUGCAGUAACUACCUCCAUCUGUCUGUACCUCGCAUGGAGCUCAAGCCAGGGGAAGAUCUCAAUGUGAACAUCCACCUGCGAAUUGACCCCACCACCACCAAGCAGAAAGAUAUCUACUACUACACCUACCUGAUCAUGAACAAAGGGAAACUGUUGAAGGUGGGUCGACAGAAGCGUGAGCUCGGCCAGGAUGUGGUCGCAUUGCCCCUGACCAUCACUGAGGACUUCAUUCCUUCCUUCCGCCUGGUGGUUUACUACACCUGCCUUAACAGCAAUGGCCAGAGGGAGGUGGUGGCCGAUUCCGUGUGGGUGGAUGUCAAGGACUCCUGUGUGGGCAAGCUGGUGGUGAAAGGUGGCAGGAAGGAAGAGAGGGUUCACCUACCUGGCCAGCAGAUGACCCUCAAGAUCGAGGGGGACCACGGGGUCCCGAGUGGGGCUCGUGGUGGUGGACAAGGGCGUGUUCGUGCUGAACAAGAAGAAUAAGUUAACUCAAAGCAAGAUCUGGAACGUGGUGGAGAAGGCUGACAUCGGCUGCACCGCAGGCAGCGGGAAGGACUAUGCCGGCGUCUUCACGGACGCAGGGCUGGCCUUCCAGACCAACACAAACCUGCAGACCCC